UUAUGUAAUUGUUAACAAACAUUUGUUUAAUGAAAUGAAAAGUUGUUUGUAAAAAGAGGUGGAAAUCUGACAGAUUCGUAUAUAAAUGAAGUAGACUGCGAACGUCUCCCUUUUAUAACCUCAAAAAUGCGCGAGAAGUGUUACAGUGCUAUGGAGAAGUGAGCUUAUUUUUAUUCCAAAAAUAGUGUUAAAGUGAACCAAUUGGGACUAUGCCGUCGAAGAAAAGAAAAUACAAUGCGCGGUUCCCAGCCGGGCGAAUUAAGAAGAUUAUGCAGACGGACGAGGAAGUGGGGAAGGUGGCUCAGGCCGUGCCAAUCAUAAUCUCUCGUACGCUGGAACUGUUUGUGGAGUCUCUGCUGAACAAGGCCAUGCAAGUGACGAUGCAGAGGAACGCUAAGACCCUCAGUCCGUCGCACAUCAAGCAGUGCAUACUGGCAGAGUCAAGGUUUGACUUCCUUAGAGACUUGGUGAAAAACAUCCCUGAUGUGACGGCAGCGGAAGAACGAGAAAUGAUGAGCAGGGAGGGUUCACCUAACUCUAUGAGACAUUCAGAACCAAAUCCACCGCGGCGAGUAGUCAGAGAAGACUCAAACAGUUCGAGUAGCUCUGAAAUUAGAGUACAAGCAACGACAGCCAAAGACAUCCUUCGACGAGCGAUAUCCCUAGACGCAGACAAGACGAGGAACGAGACUGUGACGUCAGAGGCGAUAGAUUUAACAAAGAAACCGUGUGAUAAGCCGAUAGUGACGGCGAACUUCUACCAAGAGACGCAGACUGCGGACGACGCGCCGCAGAGAAGCGUCAUAACCCUCAACCCCACGUACGCGACCCCUCAACCCUCCACAUCCAACUACCCAGGUUUCAAAAGGCUAAUGAGUUACCCCGAGACGGCAAGCUUCCCCGCCUACACGGACAGAAGCAGCGAUGUCACCCCAAUACUAAACAUAGACUUUUCCAAAAACAUAGGCCUCCCCGAGAUUAAAGUUCUAGACACUGCAGUGGCCAGUAUAGUAGGCGUGCCCAAAGAUGAUAAAAAGUUGCAGAGGCAAAACUCCAAAAAGUCUGAAGUGAAGAAACUCGAUGCUAUACCUAAAUCGUUAGUGCCUCCCAGAGUCGACAUAGACCUUUUGAAUUCAGGGAACCUACAAAUAGACGAAGACUAUGAUACCUGAAUAUUUUUUUUUUUUUAUAAGUGUAAGUUUUAUUUUCGAAGCGAAACUUUAUUAUGCUCUCUAGUGCUAACAUGCGACCAACAUACUCGUAUCUCGUGACUGAUUAUUAUUAGACUUGCUCUUUAUUAAUUAAAAUGGCUAAAUCAUGUACUACAAGCAUUGACCUCUUAUAAUAAAAGGAUGCACAAUCAUGUGGAAAAUUUCACUUAAAAACUGGCCAAUUUUGCUUUGACAGUUUUAGAAUUAUUGGUAAAGAAAAUUAUACCUAAAGACCUUUAAAUGUAGUCCAAUAUUCAAUAAAAUCCCAAAUUCAGAGCAAAUUCAACCUUAAGGAUUGAGUUUAAGGUUGAAUUUGCAAAUGCAACUACUUGAAUUGAGUGCCAAGAAGUUGUGUUUGGCACUCAUUGAGUGGGGAUGUUUUUUGGUUGCUGAUUGUGCAUCCACUUUUAAAUAGGAGAUCGAUGACUACAAGCUGUUUAAUUUCACUACGGUCGUUAUAAGCAUGAAUAAUAAUACAAGUCAUUUAUACGAUUUAUAACCUGUUACUUUAUAAUCUAUCUUGCGAGAUUGUAAAUUGCCGAUAGAUUGUGAACUCCAUACAUACUUCUAAGAACCAAACUUGAGUGAUUUUUUUUUAAUUUAUAAAUUUUAAACCAAUUUAAAGAUUAAUUGGAGGGGAACAGAGAUAUUGGUCAUAUUUAAAAGAUAUGGCCAAUCUUCAUUAUUCAUUUUAAAAAAAGGUCUUUAACUGAUAAAGAUGUGCAUAUAACUGUCAUACAAUACGGAUAAUGUUUAACAUCUUUUUUUUUCUAGUAUUGGACCUGCAUAAAUGUGUUAUAUCAUUUUUUAUAAAUUGUAUAAAAAUACCAUGAUAACAACAACAGUUUCAUAUUUCAUUAUAAUGUAUUGGAUUUGCAUUUCAUUAGCUAUUCGUGUUGAACAAGAAAUAUCAAAACCACAUUAUUAGAGUGCGCGCAAGAUAAGUCGACGACUGGCGGCGUAAUGUUGCCAGCGUUAGUGUCUCUUUUACCCGCCAAAAGAUAGAUAGAGAUAGACGACAAGAUGGCGGCGACAAGUUCCUAUUGGCCACGCGCAAACUUAUCUUGCGCGCACUAUACGUAGCCAUAAGCCAAGACGACAUCGUUUACGAGCAAGUGAAUGACAGGCAAUUACCCUUCAUAAUCAGUAUAAUAGGGGGAAGACCAGGAUGCGAAAUUUGCAGUUACUAAAGUGUUCUGGGGAUUGAUUGGAUUUGGUAGAUUAGAUGAUAGGAAGAAUAACUGGUUAUAUACUACUGAAAUUAUCAGAAUCAUGAAGGAAAUAAUCUCUAGUAAAAAAUCAAGCGUAGCUCAAAAACAGAAAUAUAAAUAAAGAUUUUUUUGUAACUUAGGAAUCCUCCCAUUCCAUUACGUUACGCUCAAAUCGUUAUAAUUUCAAAAUGCACACCUUUUAGCUAACAACUCGCCUCCUUAUUGUAUUACUGUAGAAGAAGAAGAAGAAGAAAUAUACUUUAUUGUACAUUAAAAACAAAAAUAAACAAUAACUUAUAAUAACACUUAGAAACUAAUGUACAAAUGGCGGUCUUAUCGCUAAAGAGCGAUCUCUUCCAGACAACCACUGUGGAAGAGAAAAAAAAAAACGUAAGCACCGAUUCGGGUAUACGCACACAAAAAAUAAGAAAAGUUAAGUAAUUUAAAUACAUAAAUAUUAAGCAAUAAUACAUAAUAAUAAUACAUAGACUAUACUUAACUACAUCAUACAUAUAUACAAAGAAAUACAUAUAUACAUACAUACAUACAUACAUACAUACAUACAUACAUACAUACAUACAUACACACAUACAUACAUACAUGAAAACCUGCAAAACAUAAAAACAAGACGGCAUCUAAGGGAAGACAAAAGAAAAAUAAAUAAACAAAAUAAUUCAAAAAUAAUAAUAAAUAAACAUAAUACACAUACAAGCGUAAUUUGGAUUAAUAAGUUAAAUUAAAAGAUCAGGGAGGAAAAAAGUGCAUGUUUACCAGCCGUUUGAAAGAGGUUAGAGAUUGGGCACGCCGAAUGUCUAAGGGCAAUGAAUUCCAGAGCCGAGCAGCUUUAACAGAAAAGGAUUUAGAAUAGAAGGAAGUAUUAUGGGAAGGAAUUUUUAAGAUUAGGUUGUCUUCAGAGCGAAGGGAGCGACAGUGAGUAUCACUUAGAAAGCUAAAACGCUCUUUUAAAUAAAUCGGAGUCGUAGGAUUAAACAGGACAUUAUACAAAAAAGACAGAAUGUGAGUAUUCCUGCGAAGGCGGAUCGAGGGCCACUUGAGUUUUUCGCGAAAUUCGGAAACAUGGUCAUAUUUGCGAAGUCCAAAUAUGAAUCUUAUACAAACAUUCUGAAUGCGCUCAAGUUUAUCCAGUAAUUCUUCACUCAAAUUUAGAUAACAAGUGUCCGCGUAAUCGAGAAUUGGUAACAGGAGAGAUUGUGCAAGCGCAAUUUUAGUAGAUAAAGGAAGGAAGUUUCGUAACCUACGAAGUGACCCCACGGAUGCAAACACCUUCCCACUUACUCUGCUUACCUGAGGGGCCCAAGUGAAAUACUUGUCAAAAGUAACUCCGAGAUUUUUAACCGUGUCACUAAAUGGCACACGCGUUCCAUCAAAGAUUACGUAUGGAAUAUUAUCCCAGUCAAUACGUGCAACCAAACUGUGACUGCCUAUAAUAAUAACUUGGGUUUUAGACGGAUUGACUUUAAGGCCAUAAGCCUUACUCCAUUGCACUAUACAAUCUAAAUCUUUAUUUAUGGCAUCUAUUGCAUUGGGUAAAUCAGCCAGUUUGGACUGAGCAUAUAUUUGGAGAUCAUCUGCAUACAGGUGAUAGAGCGAGGUAAGUUGAAGAGUAAUAGAACUUAUAAAAAGAGAAAAAAGAAGAGGAGACAACACGCCACCUUGCGGUACGCCGGCAGAAAUUGUGCACCAAUCAGACACAGAGUCAUUGACUCGCACACGCUGCCGACGUCCGAACAAGUAACUAUGAAACCAGUCAAUCACAUUAGGAGAUAUGUUGAGAGAAGCUAGUUUGGCUAGUAGAAGUUCGAAAUCGACAUUAUUAAAUGCAUUGCUGAAAUCUAGUAAGGCCAACACUGUGACACACUGAUUGUCCAUAUUAAAACGAAUAUCUUCGGUAAUUUUUACUAAUGCAGUGGUCGUACUAUGACCAGUGCGGAAACCAGAUUGAAAAGGAUUUAAAAGAUUCUGUCGGGUUAGGAAAAGGCUUAAUUGACGAUGGACUAAACGCUCAAAAACUUUCGAAAGGAAUGGGAGGAUGGAAAUAGGCCUAUAGUCAGAAAAGCAGGAAGGAUUUAAUUUUUUGGGUAGUGGAAUGACUUGAGCAUCCUUCCAAGAGGAAGGAAAACUCCCGGAAGACAUGGAGAAAUUGAAUAAGGAUUUAAUUAUUGGAGCUAGUAGGUUAAUGAGAGGAAUAAUCAUCUUCCGACUAAUGCAGUCAGUACCAAUAGCAUCAGAGUUGACCUCACGAAUACUUCUCUCAACAUCACUAUCAGUGACUUGACAGAAAAUAAAAGCAGGAUCAUCAGAAGUGGGUAAAGCUAGUAAAUUAUUUUUAGUAGUAAGUUUAGUGGCGUCAUCAAUGACGCAAGUAGAGGAAAAGUGGCUAUUAAGCUGAUUUAAAUUUAUGUUGAAGGAGCUAUUAUUUUGACGCGCUUUCCCAACUCCUAGAGACUUAAGAAAUGUCCACACUCGACCUGAAUCUUCUUCUUCGAGUAUGGAUUUGUGGAUAUGGCGUCGUUGCAUGUCUCUACACAACCUGUUGCAGCGAUUACUGUAUUUCUGAACUUAGUUUUUUUUUUGUUUUCCCUAAACGUACCCCACCAAUAUUAAGGGCUCAUACUUGGAGGUACUCAACAACGUGCAAGGUAUAGUCACAUUCAUCUCGCGCGAUUGAGUAUCUGCAAAAAUCCCCUCUUCUGCUCCUCUACUAUUACAACAUGUUUUAGUAUCACCGAAACAUGAAACUUUGGCCCAAAUGUAGGCUGACCUUGAAUUUAAUAUGCACCUAGCACGUUCGUUGAUAACACUCCCAUGGUAUGCGGGCGACGGGCGGAAAGACCGCAGUUGUGAAAUCGUGCGUGCGGGGAAGUGAAGAGCAUCAGUCGUGGAUUUUCGUUCAUCGCUACACACCCCCCGGCCCUCGCGCAUCAUCGGGAGUGUUACAAACGAAGUUGUCAAGCUAUAAGCUUACAAGAGUUCGAAUGAAGUUUCGCUUCCACGGCGUGUACCUAUUGUGCAUGCCAUUCUUUUAUGUUGUUCUGCUAUGUUUUGUAGCGUGACGUUACGUGGAAUUUGUUAUCCAAAUAAUGUUUAGAGUAUAAUAAUAGUUUAUAUUACAACAAAUCAGAUGAAAUAAAUUAUUAUUUUACGAUAUGUUAUAAACAACGAAAUCUUUAUUAAAUAAUGAUUUAUUUAUUUUGCUAUCAUCCGCGAAAAGUCGGCGAACCCAUGCGACAACGUCACCCAGGUCCGACAAAAUACUCUACAACUGACUCUUUGCAAUUGCACGUUGUAGAGUCAACAUCUCCUGAGGAUGCACCGGUUUCGGGGUGAAACGUACGUAGAGAGUAUUUAGUCAUCAUGAACUUAUCAUGAACUUCCGCAAAGUAACGCCUGCUUCUAUCCAAUAACAGAAUCUUUCAUAAUUGUAAAUAAGUACAUACCUAAUAUUACAAAGCAAAAAUAUUAUUUGAGUUAAUUACCUUUUUUUAUGGUAAUCAUAAUAAUUACUUACUGGGACUGACAGCUUAAAGUGCUGUGCUGGAUGGCCAUAAAGCCCAUGAGAAAAAAAGUAAACUAACAUUUAAAAACCAACGUUCUAUUAAAAACGUCCAUCCUGACCUCAGACCAAUAAGGACCUGCCUCGCUAGACAUCUAAUUUUCUAUCAACGUAUAUGAUCAUCGAUUUAAUGCUAUUGUAUAAACUGUCUAUAGAAUCGAUGUUUCAUAGUUUUAAUUGUGUUCGCCGGGUAAAGAGCUUCAUAAAAUACCUUUUUGUGUAGUUGAAUGGUGUUAAAAACGGUCAACAACUUCUUGUUUAGUAUAAGAUAUACGAGUAUACCUAAUUUAUGCUCGUUUUCCUCACAAAAUGACGGAUAAUUUUGUUCGUGAAUUUGGGUGCGAUACUGGCCCUUAUGUAAUUAGUCUGUGAUCCUGACCUAACCUAAUACCGAUGGCCCCAGAUGGUAUAGCUACGCUCUUACGCCACUGGGCAUAAUCCUAGCCAAACAAAAGGGUAAAGUUUUAUUAAAUUAAAAAUCAUGUAAACUUUAAUUAUGCUAAAUAGAAUAAAAAAUGUGGGUUAUUCUUUACAUCAUAUAAAUUUCGUUUUUAUCUUACCUUUAUACUUACUAUGAAAUAUUUUUUUUGUAGGUAGGUAACAUAAGUAUAUUUUUAUAUUUCCGUUUGGAUAACAAAUUACGUGAUUUUGUGUUGUUUACCAGUUUAGGUAUAUUGUAUGAUAAGUUUUUAAUAAAUGAGUAAUGAAUUA